CCAACAAAAACUUCUGUUGACGAGCCCAGUGCCUCCGUCGCCGGCACCGUUCUUCCAUCGUCGGCUAACCUCCCGUCGCCCUCAAUCGUCGGAAAACAAGUAAGUUUAUUUUUUCCGGCCAGUUUUCCGGCAAGUUUUCCAGUUUUCCGGCGAAAAACAGGGCGGGCCGAAAAAAAACUGCGGCCUAUACGCCGCCGAGCCGAAAAAAAAUUUCGGCCGGUGCGACGGCCGGCCGAAAAAUUCUUUCGGCCCGGCGACGCCGCGGCCGCAAAUUUUUUUCGGCCGGUCGCCAACCUCGCCGCCCAAAAAAUUUCCGGCGGCGUGUUCGUCGGCCGGCCGAAAAAAAUUUGCGGCCGCGGCGUCGCCGGGCCGAAAGAAAUUUUCGGCCGGCCGUCGCACCGGCCGAAAAAUUCUUUCGGCCCGGCGACGCCACGGCCGCAAAUUUUUUUCGGCCGGCCGACGCUCCGGCCGCAAAUUUUUUUCGGCCCGGCGGCGCACCGGCCGCAAAAUUCUUUCGGCCCGGCCAGUUUUUGUAUUUAAUUUAAUUUAAUACGAUAAUUAAUUAAUAAAUAAAUAAAUACUUAAUUGGUUAGUAGAAAUUAGCAAUUAGUGUUAAUAUUUAUUUCAGUUGGUUUAUAAAUGUUUUUUUUUGUAAUAGGCGUUGGAAUGUUUAAUUACUUAGAUUAGUUAAUGGAAUUUUAAUUAAUUAAGAAUUGAUUUAACAAUUAAUGUUAAUAUUCAGUACAUUAGUUAAUAGAAAUUUAAUUUAAUUUCUUUCGGCCCGGCCAGUUUUUGUAUUUAAUUUAAUUUAAUACGAUAAUUAAUUAAUAAAUAAAUAAAUACUUAAUUGGUUAGUAGAAAUUAGCAAUUAGUGUUAAUAUUUAUUUCAGUUGGUUUAUAAAUGUUUUUUUUUUGUAAUAGGCGUUUGAAUGUUUAAUUACUUAGAUUAGUUAAUGGAAUUUUAAUUAAUUAAGAAUUGAUUUAACAAUUAAUGUUAAUAUUCAGUACAUUAGUUAAUAGAAAUUUAAUUAAUUUGUGAUUAAUUAACAAUUGAUGUUAAUAUUACAUUAGUUAAUAGAAAAUUAAUUAAUUAGUGCGCAUCUAAGUAUGAUAUUUUGUAAAUUUGUAGAUAAUUAGAUAUGGAUGAUGCGGGUCAUGCGGGUGGGGAUGAGUUGAAUAGAUUCAAUGGUAGGGUUGUUGAUGUAUCAGCACGAAGGAAGAAUAAGGAGAAUAAGCGCUCUCGAGAUAUUGGACAUCAGUCACAGGCAAAUUUAGGGGAGGAUGAGUUAGAGGCUCCUACUGUAGUUGCUCGUUCGGCAUCACGGGCGUCUGGUUCCCAUGGGAGGAACCAGGGUGCUGCAUCCAGAGUGGUCUCGGCUGAGUUUGAUGAGGACGAUAGUGAUGAGGAUAUCGAGGUCCCUCCACCUACGCGUGGACAUGGACGAGUGUCGUCUCGUACGGCAACAUCACGUCCUGCUAUGUAUAGGGACCGAGCUGGGCGCUUCGUACCACCUGCUCGUCAGGAGACAGAGAGCUCGGGGACUGGACGGAGUAGGGGAGGACGUUCGAGUGGUCCUCCACCGUGGGAGCUUGUUGGUGAGUGUCCUGGUGGACCUACGGAUCCUAGCCUCAUUAGGAGCUUUCGUGGACACGUUGCCUAUGCGCUUUGGACGGGGGCUGGAGAUCGAGGGGUCAUCAGUUGCUACAGCCGUACAUCGGCGGUUGCUUAUUUGAGUAGCUACGUGUUUAGUCAUGUUGAGGCGGAGAAUCUGGUUCAGCAGUCAGGUCUCCAGCACCUGAUGUACUCUAUGUUCCGCAGGAUAGCGAUUGACGAUGCUUUGAUCUCAGCUUUUGUGGAGAGGUGGCAGCCAGACACGAACACCUUCCACUUGCCUUUUGGAGAGAUGACGAUCCUCCUCCACGAUGUUCAGUACUUACUGCAGAUUCCUGUUGAGGGACGACUGAUGAGUAGGAGUUCUGCGCAGCUUGACCAUCCGGAGGCGGGUUUGUGUGCGCUUCUUGGGAUGAACUCGGAGCAGUUGAGUGGUCGUACGGAGGUCCCUGGAUAUAAUAAUAGGGGUAAGUGGUACGAGAAGGGUGGUUUUCUUGCAGAGAUGGCGUCCAAAUACUUGCAGAGCCACGGGACACAUGUGACAGAGGCGCAGUCGUACUUGUUGUUGUUGUUGGGGUCCACUUUGUUUGUGGACAAGAGUAGAGACAGGGUUCGGUCGGUGGUGAACCUAUUUUUGGACGAGUUGGAGGAGUUAGAUCAGUAUAGUUGGGCGUCAGGUACACUUGCUUGGUUGUACAGAUACCUUGGUCAGGCGUCUCGUGCUGGUGCCAGGGGGAUGGCUGGUUGUCUCACACUUCUGCAGUGUUGGAUCUACGAGUACUUUCCGGGUUUCAGGCCAUCUCACUUCGAGCCUGCCGCCGUUGGACCUGAUGAUGCUUGGGCUUCACGAUGGAUUGGGCAGCCGGCACCUGGUUCUGUGGCGGAUCCCAGUGUGAGGUUGGCGUUCUACCGUCGAGCUCUUGACAGCUUGACCCCUUCUGAUGUGUUUUGGACACCUUUCCAUCAGAGGCCUCAUCAGGCAGUGCGUCGCUCUUUGUACACUGGAGUCAUCCGGUUCGCUGACAUAGGCGAGUUCUACGAUCCAGCCCGUUGCCUCCGACAGUUUGGAUAUGUUCAGAUGGUACCGCCUGCCCCUUCGCGUCCUCAGCGAGCAGACCGACCAGAGGCACCUGGUGGAUAUGUCCUUCGGAUUCCUGAGAGUUUUGAUGCUGCAUGGGAUGCUCUGCUAUCCCACAUGGUUCAUAUAGACAUGUGCCUCCACUCGAUCGGGAUCUGCCUCCACUCGAUCGAGAUCUGCCUCCACUCGAUCGGGAUCUGCCUCCACUCGAUCGCCCCCUACCUCCACUCGAACCAGGCCCAGUACUCCUCGAACGAGACCGCUCAUAAUAUGAACGAAUGCGACUGGUGCUUGUUCUAGGGCGUCCUCUCGGAUUCUCAUUCAC